AGCACCGGGCUGGCAGUGUAUAAAAAGUAGCAUGAACAUCACUGAGUCAGAAUGGAUCAGUUGUUCUAAUCUCAUCAGAAGUGAGUACAGGAGCAAGAGGAAAAUGAAGGCUGCUGCGGUUUUUCUUGUGUUUGCCUGUCUACUUAUUCUUCAUGUAGAAGGACAGGCCAGGACCAAUGUAAGGAGAUGUUUGUGUCCGGGUCGUCGUUUGAACUAUAUUCCUCCAACAAAUAUAGACAAGAUUGAAAUUUAUCCUCGUAGCGCAUCGUGUGAAAAUGUUGAAAUGCUAGCUGUUCUGAAGAAUGGUAAAGGUAAAAGAUGUUUGAAUCCAGAAUCCAAAUUUGUGAGGAAUAACAUCUUGAAGGCCAGGCUUCAAAAGUCUUAACUGGAGGGAAAAAAGUGCUCACUGGACAUGGAAAAAUAUUAAAAAAAAAUAUUUUCCCAGUGUGUUUUGUUAUAUUGUGCUAUAUUUAUGUAAUAUUUUAUUUCUGAUGACACCACUCUUAAUAGCUGAAUGUUUAAUUUAUUCAGUGGUCCACUGGGUAUUGCAGGAUCAACAUACAGUACAUUUAUCUUUUGAUGAAUCUUUUGUAAUAUCAUUCUUUGUAUGUUGUCUUGAUUUUGUUAUGACCUGUUGUACAUUUCACACAUCGAAACAUCUGUAAGAAUGCUGGCAUUCUCAGGAUUGUACAGCCAAUUUAGAUUUAUUUCAUUUUUUUAUAUCUUUUUCAGUUUUAUUUCAUUUUCAUUUUUAAUUCCAUGGUGACUGUUUAUCAGUUGCUAAAAGGAUUUUACUGUGUUUUGUACUGUGUAUGAUUUAUAACAUGUACUGUACAUGAUUGCGUAUGUGAGAAAUAUAAUUGGAAUAAAAUUUGAAUUUGAUUUGCA